AUGGCCACUGGACCCCCUUCCGCUACUGGCCCUCUCGCAGGACCAGCGGGCCACUUUCCGCCAGUCCAGCAAGUCCCAGGACCUCAGCAACAGAACGUUGCGGUGCCCCCUAUUGCGGCGCCCCUGUUGCCCCCAACUCAAGUUUCCGCCGUCGCUCUCAAGCUGCCGACGUUUUGGGCCGCCGAUCCCGUCGUAUGGUUCGGGCAAGCUGAGGCACAAUUCGCCCUUCGUCGCAUCAGUGACCAGCUGACGAAGUUCUACCACGUCGUUGCCGCACUUUCCCCUACUGAUGCUUCCGAGGUGUGCGACUUGGUUGCCUCCCCACCGACACAGUCACCUUAUGCCGUGCUCAAGACUGAAUUAAUUCGCCGGACGUCUAUGUCAGAGCAAAAGCGAUUCCAGCGCCUGCUGACCCCAGAAGAACUCGGAGAUCGCGCGCCUUCUCAGCUCUUACGGCGUAUGCGCCAACUGCUCGGCGACCGUCCCGACAGCGCCGUAAUCGACGAUUCCCUGCUCCGCCAACUCUUCCUCCAGCGGUUGCCGGCCAAUGUCUGCAUGGUUUUAGCUGCUGCUGGCACCAUGAGUCUGAACGACCUGGCCAACCUUGCCGACAAGGUCAUGGAAACCACCGCAGAUCGCAGCUGCGUGGCACCACCGCAGAUCGCAGCUGUUGCCUCGCACCCCCUUUUCCGCCUACGGCUACUUGUUCCAGCUCGUCGCAAGCAGUGGACCUUUCUCAGCUCGCGGAACAGAUAUCCAACCUGCAGCUGGAUGUCGCAGCCCUCCGCCGCUGCAGUCCUUCUCCGUCUCCAGCUGGUUUGCUGGUAUCAUCGUCGUUUCCGCACCAAGGCUCGCAACUGUAUACCACCAUGCACUUUCCAGGGAAACCCCCGAGCCGGUCACUAG